UAGUUAGUAUAGCUAGCUUCUAGUGUAUUUAGAAAGAAAAAAAAGUAAAAAAAAAAAGAAAAGAAAAUUAUUACCGAAGAAGCAUAUUUAGAUCGCUCGUAAGGAAUAAACUGCUCGUAAGAAAGAAGUAGUUGCAAGAUGAUGCUCAGGAUUAAGAGGGUUCCCACUGUUGUUUCGAAUUACCAAAAGGAUGAGACGGAAGAGACUGCUCGCCGUAGUGGCGGGUGUGGAAAGAAUUGCCUUAGGAGCUGCUGCAUUCCAGGAGCAAAGCUUCCUUUAUAUGCUUUCAAGAAGAUGGAUAAGAUUGAUGGUGAAAACGAUGUGCUUGCAAUUGAGGAGAAAGAACCCCCUGUUGUUUUUCUUGACUCACUCAUUCUUGGGGAGUGGGAAGAUCGCAUGCAAAGAGGGCUCUUUCGUUAUGAUGUUACUGCCUGCGAAACCAAGGUGAUUCCUGGUGAAUAUGGCUUCAUUGCCCAGCUGAAUGAGGGCCGCCACCUUAAGAAGAGGCCGACUGAAUUCCGUGUUGAUAAGGUUCUCCAGCCCUUUGAUGGGAACAAGUUCAAUUUCACCAAGGUCGGGCAAGAAGAGGUUCUCUUCCAGUUUGAAGCGAGUGAAGAUGGUGAAGUUCAGUUCUACCCAAGUGCUCACAUUGAUGUUGAGAAUGCUCCAAGUGUUGUUGCCAUAAAUGUCAGUCCCAUUGAAUAUGGACAUGUGCUGUUGAUCCCUCGAAUCCUGGAAUGCUUGCCUCAGAGGAUCGACCGUGAGAGCCUCUUGCUUGCACUGUAUAUGGCAGUUGAAGCCGGGAAUCCGCAUUUCAGAUUGGGUUACAACAGCUUGGGUGCAUUUGCUACAAUCAAUCACCUUCACUUCCAGGCUUACUACUUGGCUGUGCCUUUCCCCAUUGAGAAAGCUCCCACCAAUAAGAUAGCCACUUUGAAUGAUGAAGUGAUCAUCUCAGAGCUUUUAAACUAUCCGGUCAGGGGUCUUGUCUUUGAGGGUGGUAACACUCUCCAGGACUUGUCCGACACUGUCUCUGAUGCCUGCAUUUGCCUUCAAGAGAACAACAUACCAUAUAAUGUCCUCAUCUCUGAUUGUGGAAAGCGGAUCUUUCUCCUUCCACAGUGCUAUGCUGAGAAACAAGCUCUUGGGGAAGUGAGUCCGGAGCUUCUGGACACCCAGGUGAACCCGGCUGUAUGGGAGAUUAGCGGCCAUAUGGUGUUAAAAAGGAGGAAGGACUAUGAUGAGGCAUCCGAUGAAAAUGCUUGGAGGCUACUCGCUGAGGUUUCUCUCUCUGAUGAGAGGUUCUGUGAAGUGAAGGAACUUAUCUUCGAAGCCAUUGCCAAUGGUGAAGAUAGCAUCGAAAACACUGCCGACACAAUGCUUAAGGAGCCCGUUGAAGAAAAGAACACCAUCGCCAAAAGCUCCGAGCGCACCAUGGUGGCCCGGACACAAGAAUGCCUUGUUCAGCUGUAAGAACCGGCAUUCGGCAAACAGAACACCAUCCCUUCCAUUUACGGUUUCUACUAUGUACGUUUGGCGUAUAUAACUGUGCAUGUAUUUGUAUGGCAUUGGUAGCCUAAAUAAGCAAACAUAGUUUGCAGUGGUAAGGUUAUUGGACAUUGUGAAAACUGCAAUCUGCUUGUUG